AUGUUCUCUUUAAUUUUAAAGUCAGCCAAUGAACCAGUUAAGUUGGCAGAAUACUCACUCAAUUCCGAGUAUUUAAAAAGAAAUUUAAAAAAUGAAAUCAUAAGUUCACACCGACAACCCAAAGAAAACUCCUACUAUCCAACAAAUACAGAAUAUUUCGAAACAAAAAGUGCACUCCGGGAGAAAAAGUUGAAUGCCAAUCUGGAUAGCGAGGAAGCAGAAAUGCAGAACAAAGUAAGUGGUGGCAAUAAUGCAGCACUGCUACAGCAAAGAUUUAACGGCGGAAGCAGUGGCGGAGCAAUAACGGCAUUGCCUGGCGGCGCUAACAUAAAAACACCACAAAUUCCAAUGGAAUACAGAACUAGCAGCAUCAGUAGCAGUGGUAAAGUUGCUAGUGAAACAGAAGAAAAGUUAAAUAAACCAAACUCAGGAUGGAAUAAUCGUAAUGUUGACCAACGUAAAAUACAAUCGAACACAAAAGAUAUUGAAGAUGAUUCCGGUAAUAAUUUUGUGGCGGAACGUAAAGUCGUUAUAUUACCAACCUCACUGCCAACUCAACGUUCUACAUUACCUAAUGUUUAUAGUAAUGCGGGUGGGAAUGGCAUGAAAAUGGAUGAUGUGGAAUUUUUGCAUGCCGAAGGAGUUGUAAGGCGACGUCAUAGACGUGGUCGCAAAAAUCGUCGUAGCUCUGAGGCGCGGACUGAAUAUAAUGCAAAACUUAAACGUUUAAUAGAGGAAUUGAAUCGUCCUAUAUAUACAGAUGCAGUGCAAGGGUAUCGAAAUGUGGAGCACCAAAGAAAAUCAAUACAAAUCUCAGAUAAAAAAAGUUGUUUCAAUAAUAAUCGAAAGAAUAAAAGUACAUGGGAACCCGAUUUAGCAACAUAUCAUCAAAUUGAUAGACCAAAGAAUAUAGCACAAAAUUUUAAUUAUUCCAAUGAAAAUCCUGAAGAGUUAGAUGUGCUAACAAAACGUCAGUCAACCAUGGAUGCAAUUACUGCAGAGGUGCAGACAUCGUUGGAAACUGAUUUAGAAGAUGCAGAAAACUUUAAACAUUUGAAACACCAUCACCGCAUGGCACGCGCUGUGACAGCAAAAAAAGAACGCGUCUGGGAUUAUGGCGUUAUACCGUAUGAAAUUGAUGGUAACUUCAGUGGCUUGCACAAGGCAUUGUUUAAGCAGGCAAUGCGACAUUGGGAGAACUCAACAUGCAUCAAAUUUGUGGAGCGUGACCCGGAAGUACAUCCGAAUUAUAUUGUAUUCACAGUUCGCGGUUGUGGUUGCUGCUCCUUUGUUGGCAAACGUGGCAAUGGUCCACAAGCCAUUUCUAUCGGCCGGAACUGUGAUAAAUUUGGCAUUGUUGUACACGAAUUGGGACACGUUGUGGGCUUUUGGCACGAACAUACUCGACCCGACCGCGAAAAGCAUGUCGUCAUCGAGCACAAUAACAUCAUGAAAGGACAAGACUAUAAUUUCAACAAACUGACACCAGACGAGGUGGACUCUUUAGGUAUGGCAUACGACUACGAUUCUAUAAUGCAUUAUGCGCGCAAUACAUUCUCCAAGGGCAGUUAUCUCGAUACAAUUUUGCCAAUCGAAGUGAAGGGCAAGAAGCGACCCGAGAUAGGACAACGCUUAAGAUUGAGUGCAGGUGAUAUUGCACAGGCAAAUUUGCUCUAUAAAUGUCCAAAAUGCGGUCGAACUUUUCAAGAGAACACUGGCAUUUUUGCCAGUCCCUCGUACUACACUGCCGGUGCUCUAACCAAUGAAACCGAGAAUUGUGAAUGGCGCAUUACAGCAACACAUGGUGAACGAGUGGUGCUGCGUUUAGAAAAUUUGAAUAUAUUUAAGUCAAAUAAUUGUCAAACAGAUUAUUUAGAAGUGAGGGAUGGGUACUUUUUCAAAUCUCCGCUAAUUGGUAGAUUCUGUGGAAAAGUAGCUAAUGAAAUUCUCACUUCAGAAUCAAGCAGAAUGUUAUUAACUUUUGUAAAUAAUCAUCGCUCGGAAGGGUAUCGUGGUUUCAAAGCUGAAUUUGAUGUUGUAUGUGGUGGUGAGUUAAAUGUGGAUGAAUCGGAAGGUCGUUUAGAGUCCCCAAACUAUCCACUUGAAUAUUUGCCAAACAAGGAAUGUAUUUGGAAAAUAACCGUCCCAAAAGGAUACCAAGUUGCACUGAAGUUCCAAUCAUUUGAGGUCGAAAAUCACGACAGUUGCGUUUAUGACUUUGUUGAAGUAAGAGAUGGUCCAUCUCAAGACUCACAAUUAAUUGGUGUGUUUUGUGGAUAUAAGCCGCCUCCAAAUAUGAAGUAA